CAAUUUAAAUUGAGCAAAGACGAAACGCUGUAGGUCGGGAAAUGGUGCGCAGAACAAUCGAAGCAGCUAUACUGGAAGUGCUGGAGGAUCUCAGUAAGAAUGACUUUGAUCGCUUUUGUCACCGGCUGCGGGACCGCAGGGAGGUGCUGAGCGUGGAUGUGGAGGGUAAAAAUCGCUUGGAGAUUACAGACCUCGUAGUUUCAGCCUCCACAAAGUCCCAAGCCCCGAAAGUGGCCAUGGAGGUCCUGAGGCAGAUUAACUGCAACGAGAUGGCGGAGAGACUGGAUUCAAAAACCAAAGCCUGCUUGGAUACAGGUGACCCUACCUUCCGUAAGACCUCAGAUGGGAAGUUGGAUCUAACCCGGACACAGGAGGCUCGGAACCGUGCCGCCAGCCGGAGGCUUUUCAGAGCUGGUCGACAUGGAUGCCCUCCUGCAGUGAAGAAGCCUAAAGAGGUGGAGGCUGAAGCAAAGGCCCUUGUUCUCUCUGAGGGUGGAGACCCUGAUAAUGACAGGCUCGUUUUGAGCAGAUAUAAGAUUCAGUUUGGCCAGUACUAUGGCCAAUGCUUCAAAUGGCUAUUGGAGAAUGAUUUGAGCUACGCAGUCUAUAUAGUGGCAAACCACCUGGAGAGACUGAAAUGCUCAUCAUCUGAGAGUCCGCUGAUGGCCAACAAGGAUUCCUUGACUCAAUAUGCGAUUGCUUACACUGAGAUUGAGCAACAAGUCCGAUUAAAACCUGCAUACGCCAAAGCCAAAGACAGAUCCCUCCAGCCACGCCAAAAAGGAAAGGCACUUCUUGACUUUGGGAAAUAUAAAAGCGAGACGCUGCAGGAUCUGUAUGAGUCACAGGAUGCUGUAAAAGUUAGCUAUGUCAAUUUCCUCCGGAGCAUGAAGUCAACCUGCACUCCAGGAUCCAAAAUGGAGGAUGCUAUCAAGUACAUUUUGCAGCGGGACCAGAAAAAGGCUGCCACUGCUACCAAAAGGCGAACCACCAACUCUGGCCGUGGAGCAGCCAAAAGGAAACGGGUCCAGAGGAGCAGAGCCCAGCGUGCCUGUACCUCAAGGUCCAGACAGAGGAAGCAGAAUAGGAGCUGAAGGAUGACAUGUCUCCCCUCUGUCUUGUUGGUGACAAACCCCUUUUCUCUCUGGUGCUUGGUAAGGCCUGUC